CUGCUUUCACCUAUUGAGCAGCGCUUGCGACGAGUCAACGUCAUGGCUCAUGUCGUUACGUAUACUAGAGGUCGUUAGCCUCUUGUAUCGGGAUUUCCCAAUGGCAACAGUUUCAUUGCGGCUCGUGGAACAGAAUCUGCUGAAAGCAAAAUGGUUACCUCCGCCCAUGCAAGCUCUUUUAAACAACCCCUUUGGCAUUGGCACCGCAAGAGAUGUCGCCAAAACGCCCGUUACGGAAUAUUUGGCCGCCAUGACUCGCGCGGCUUCAUUUUCCUGUAUUGCAAUGUUCGAAUCUGGAUGUUUUGACAUAGAUCCUGAUCAACUUAACGAAGUUAUCGCGCUGUGUUCAGAAGACUCAAUUUUUGUAGCAGGCGUUAUUCUCUCUGAUCCCAGUUCCCACACCAAAGGAACUCAAAUUCGCCAUUUGGUUGGUAACAUCGGCCAUUCAGGAAUGGUGCUCAUGGUCUCCCCCCUUGCACCUUGUAUCCGUGCAGUUGGCCAAGAUCCCACACUCGUGGAGCACCGACCUUUUGACGGCAAGAGUACAGACAGCUUUGGUGGAACGUCAUUGCAUUUGUCAUUCACCACUUGGAAGAUGCCAUUGGACUGGCAAAAUACUGGAGAAAUUGAUCAAGAAAUUUUCCUUCUCGAGUCAGUUGUGUCGGUGCAAGAUAAUGGCAAUUGGGUAGCGGAUAUUGAUGUUAUCGACAUGGAAAAGAGCUGCCCCGAUGUCAUUGAGAAGUUCCGUUGCAGCCAACAUGGUUGUUCGGCAGCGGCAGCGGCCGAGAACUAUGGGGAUAAAGUCUCUAUAGACUCCUGGGAAGAGCUGCUUGAUCCGCCACCCUGUAUUGGGAUUUUCCGCGCGAAAAAAAACUGGGCAGCGCGUCUGGCAGCGGCGUCCAUCUUGGUUCAGCAAGGAAAAGGGUAUAGCGCAGUCAUUGUAGGAGAUGAGCGAAUUUGUUGGCCAUGUUUGAGGGAUCUAUACGCUGAGCCCGAGCCGCAUCUUCCUCAGGUCAUUAUUUAUUGAUAUUAAAAAAGUUGGUAGUUGUGAAAUUAGUUGCAUUUUUUUCAACGAAAUUG